UUUUCUUUGCAACCCCAUCCACUACAGAAACACUACUAAUCAAAUGAAAUUGAAUUAGAAAGGCUAACUACACAAAAACAAAAAAAAUACAUUUCUUCGAUUUUUCCAGAACUCAAAAGUGGUCUCCUGAUGUGUGCAUAGUUUUGGAUUUAAAACAUACCAUUUUUUUGUUCUUCUGUUGACGUGUGGCAUUGAGUGGAAAAAUCUAAAACCUGUGAAUUUAACAUGUAUCUGUUUCUAUGGUGACUUACUAUUACUGUAGCCUACUUGCACAGUACAGGUUGGACUGACUGUUAAAGAUCAAUAUGGGAUAUAUCAUUUUAGGUCAUUCAGAGCGGAUGUCACUUUUUCUCUUUUAGUUUUGUAAACCACCAGGACCGCCUUUCCUUCGUGGGGCGUUUGGAAAAAUUUUCAGCCAGUGAGGACAUGGAACCUUGAAAGUAUGGCGGAUGCUGAGGAGCCGGAGAAGAAAAGAAGGAAAAUAGAGGAGCUGACUGAGAAAAUGGCUGUAGAUGGAGGACAUGGAGAUAGUGGAGACUGGGAUGGCCGAUGGAACCAUGUGAAGAAGUUCCUGGAAAGACCCGGCCCAUUCACUCAUCCUGACUUUGAGCCAAGCAUUGAGUCCCUUGGAUUCUUAUUGGAGACAUGCAAAAUCCUGGUCAUUGGAGCUGGAGGACUUGGAUGUGAGCUGCUCAAAAAUCUGGCUCUUUCAGGUUUUCGUCACAUUCAUGUUGUUGACAUGGAUACCAUCGAUAUCUCCAACCUCAACAGGCAGUUCCUUUUCAGGCCCAACGAUGUUGGCCGGCCAAAAGCAGAUGUGGCUGCUGACUUUGUCAAUAAUCGCAUCCCUGGAUGUAAAGUUGUCCCACACUUCAACAAAAUACAAGACUUUGAUGAAUCUUUCUAUAGACAAUUCCACAUUAUUGUUUGUGGAUUAGAUUCGAUCAUCGCCAGGCGUUGGAUGAAUGGCAUGCUGAUAUCCCUUCUGAGCUACAAUGAUGGUGUUCUGGACCCCAGUUCCAUCAUCCCCCUCAUUGACGGUGGGACGGAGGGUUUCAAAGGCAAUGCUCGGGUCAUUCUGCCUGGCAUGACCGCGUGCAUCGACUGCACUCUGGCGCUUUACCCACCACAGAUUAAUUUCCCCAUGUGCACCAUUGCGUCUAUGCCGCGGUUGCCAGAGCACUGCGUUGAGUAUGUCAGAAUGCUACAGUGGCCCAAAGACGAGCCUUUUGGAGAGGGUGUUGGUUUGGAUGGGGAUAACCCUGAGCACAUUCAGUGGGUGUUCCAGAGGGCCCAUGAGAGAGCUGCUGACUACAACAUCACAGGAGUCACAUACAGACUAACACAAGGUGUCGUGAAGAGGAUCAUCCCUGCUGUCGCGUCAACUAAUGCUGUAAUAGCUGCUGCCUGCUCCACUGAAGUUUUUAAAAUGGCUUCAAGCGCUUAUAUUCCACUGAAUAAUUAUCUGGUAUUUAAUGAUGUGGACGGACUGUACACCUACACAUUCGAGGCAGAGCGAAAGGAGAACUGCUCAGCUUGUAGCCAGGUGCCCCAGGAUCUACAGUUCCCACCCUCUGCCAAGCUACAGGAGGUCCUGGAGUACCUGACUGAGAACGCCUCCCUACAAAUGAAGUCCCCAGCCAUCACAGCAACCCUGGAAGGGAAAAAUAAGACACUAUAUCUACAGACUGUAGCUUCAAUUGAAGAAAGAACUAGACCCAACCUUUGCAAAACCUUGAAAGAACUGGGAUUGUCUGAUGGACAGGAACUAGCAGUGGCAGAUAUCACCACACCUCAGACUGUCCUCUUCAAGCUGAAACUCACCUCUUAAACCGUCAAAGUACACAUCCAAAAUCUAUCAAGACAUUUGACAACCUUUGGGGAAAGUGAUACAGCGUGGUAUCGUUUUAAUAUAUUUGAGACUGAUCAUGUAUGUAAGAUCCAUUAUGGCGGGUAGUGUGGAAGGUCAACAACUUUAUAUCAUUACAAUGUAAUCAGUCGGAACGUUUUCCUUAACAAUUAUGUUUUACUUAUUAAUGUUUGCUCCAAAUGGAUGUCUUCUUUCCCCCAUUCAAAAUAAGUAGUUUCUCCUUAUAUACAUAAUGACAACUGUGCUGCAAUAAAGUGUUUUGUUAAUGAAA